AAAUUAUCCCCUCAGUUUCUUUUUUUUUUUUUCAACUAAACCUUUAAUUUUUGUUGGUUUAUUCUUCCUUAACUUUAGAAUAAAACAACUUGUUAAACCCCCUUUAUUUUUUUUUAUUAAACAAAAAUGAGAGAAGUUAUUUCAAUUCACGUUGGUCAAGCUGGUGUCCAAAUUGGUAAUGCCUGUUGGGAACUUUAUUGUCUUGAACAUGGUAUUCAACCUGAUGGUUGUAUUCCCGAUGAACUCAAUACUGGUGACAACUCUUUCGAUACCUUCUUUAGUGAAACUAGUGCUGGUAAGCAUGUUCCUCGUACUGUUAUGGUAGAUUUAGAACCUACUGUCGUUGAUGAAGUUCGUACUGGUCCUUAUCAUAACUUGUUCCAUCCUGAACAAUUGAUUACUGGUAAGGAAGAUGCUGCUAACAAUUACGCUCGUGGUCAUUACACUGUUGGUAAAGAAUUGGUUGAUUCCGUUUUGGAUCGUAUUCGUAAAUUGGCCGAUAACUGUACUGGUCUUCAAGGUUUCUUGGUCUUCCACUCCUUUGGUGGUGGUACCGGUUCUGGUUUUGGUGCCUUGUUGAUGGAACGUUUGUCCGUUGAUUAUGGUAAAAAAUCCAAACUUGAGUUCUCAAUUUACCCUGCACCUCAAGUUGCUACCUCUGUUGUUGAACCUUACAACUCUAUCUUGACUACUCACACUACAUUGGAACACUCUGAUGUCUCUUUCAUGGUGGAUAAUGAAGCUAUCUAUGAUAUCUGUCGUCGUAAUUUGGAUAUUGAGCGUCCCUCUUAUACCAACUUGAACCGUUUGAUUGCUCAAGUUGUCUCUUCUAUUACUGCUUCUUUACGUUUUGAUGGUUCUUUGAAUGUCGAUUUGAAUGAAUUCCAAACCAACUUGGUUCCUUAUCCUCGUAUUCACUUCCCCUUGGUUACUUAUGCACCUAUCAUUUCUUCUGCCAAGGCUUAUCAUGAACAACUCUCUGUUCAAGAAAUUACCAAUGCUUGUUUCGAACCUAACAAUCAAAUGGUUAAGUGUGACCCACGUCAUGGUAAAUACAUGUCUUGUUGUUUAUUGUAUCGUGGUGAUGUCGUCCCUAAGGACACAAACGCUGCUAUUUCAACCAUCAAGACCAAGCGUACUAUUCAAUUCGUAGAUUGGUGUCCUACUGGUUUCAAGGUGGGUAUUAACUGUCGUGCCCCUGCUGCUGUCCCUGGUGGUGAUCUUGCCACCGUUCAACGUGCUCUUUGUAUGUUGUCUAACACAACUGCCAUUGCUGAAGCUUGGGCACGUCUUGAUCACAAGUUUGAUUUGAUGUAUGCCAAGCGUGCUUUCGUUCAUUGGUAUGUUGGUGAAGGUAUGGAAGAAGGUGAAUUCUCUGAAGCUCGUGAAGAUUUGGCUGCCCUUGAAAAGGAUUAUGAGGAAGUUGGUUCUGACUCCCUUGGUGAUUCCGAAAUUGAAGAUGCUGAAGAAUAUUAAAAUAAAUAAAUAAAAGAAUGGGAAAAUAAAUAAAAUUUUAUUUGUUUAAGAAGGACUUAAA